UGACGUGGCAGGCUGCCAUGUGGUGAGGUUAAUGAGGCAAAUGUGGUUACGCUGACGUUGCAACAGAUAGGUCGGAUCUCAUACACGGUCGGUGUCCUAUUAUAAAAGCAGGGGUCAUCGUCCACGUUGUUACAGUAAGUAUAGGAAGUGUGAUUCACACCGAGCCUUUUUAUCACAUCUCGUUGUCAUUAGUUGCCUAUAAAAAGGGUCCAUUAAAGAGUUGCAAUGUGUAAUAAUUGAGACUGGUGGAGAGAUGAGUAGGAGAUCGAACUCGGAUCACAGCACAGGGCAUGAGUCGAGUUGGACUAAGUACUUGGAUGAAUCCUCAGCUUCUGAAAGAUGGACUGAAAGAAGAUCAGGAUUUUCUGGGGGGCAAAAAGAAGAGCAACAACAUGAAGAAGAGAACUUGUCAAUGGUCUCUGAUGCAUCCUCGGGACCUCCACAUUGCAAGUCCGAAGACUCCUGCAAUGACGAGAACGAGUGUUCCUCUUCUUUCUUCGCUUCAACCGGUACUAAUGCAAAGACACGUAAUGAGAAAAACCAGCAGAAGGACAAAUGUGCCAACAAGAAUGGUGGGAAAAGGAGCACUUCUAGUUCACUCCAUGGGAAAUCCGAGUUCAUGAACUACCGCCACGAUACACCGCCCUUGAUUGCGGGGAAGGCAGCUUCUGGAAAACCAGGUCGUUCCAAGGGCAAUAGAAAGUGAUGCGGUGCUGACAAGGUUAAACUGUAAUACAGGCUCCUGUGCGCAUAGAAUAGCAGACAUCAAGAGUUACUUAAAAUUCUUUCUCCUGAUGACCGGCAACGCUCGGCUUGAUUUCAGGAUUAUCUGCAUCGAUCGGUACCAGUUUAUGAAAAAGCAACAUUUGUUGUUUCUUAUCACCUUAUCUGGAUGAAUGUCUUGGCAAAAUAUUAUACAUUAAUUAAUGGCUUGAACCCUUCAAAACA